UCGCGAUUAAUUUGCAUAAAAAAUCAUAAUGAAAACAACAAUGGAGGAUGUGAAGCAGACGGGUUAAUAAUGUUUUUAAAGCAUUGAAGCUGUUUUUUGUGCAACGUAAGCCAUGGAAUUGGCAAAAUCAGUAUUUGGUUCAAGAAAUCCAGACGGAUACAGCAGCAAAGCUGCAGCAGUUGAGACGUUGUCUGAGGAUGAAGAUGACUUUGUGGCUGGUCAUGGGGAGAAUAUUGGUGUCUCUUCCACUCACUACCAUACCACGUCAGACUUUGUUCCGACUCCCGGGGGUCCAUUUUCAGCAUUGACUCCAUCAAUGUGGCCAGAGGACAUCCUCGCAAAUUUAGGAAACCCACCAGAAGACCCUAGUGGCCAGCUUGAUUACAGAUAUGAUGAGUUUGGAUUUAAAGUGGAGGAAGAAGAUGGCCCAGAGGAAAACUCAAGUAAGCUCUUAAGCACCCCAUUUAUUGAGGACCCUCAGCAUCGGUUGAAAUGGACAGCAUAUCUGGAGUUCACACACAACAAUGAAGUGGGAGAUCUGACAUGGGACAAGGUUGAACCACGGCUUCCCAGAUCGGAGAAGCUGAGAGCCAUGGUGAAGCAGGGUAUUCCCCACUCGCUACGGCCACACAUUUGGAUGAGGCUGUCGGGGGGAAUGGAAAAGAAACUCAAGUCUGAUGUCACAUACAAAGACAUCGUCAAAGCCAGCUCUAAUGAUCUACUUAUGACAUCAAAACAAAUUGAGAAGGACUUACUGAGAACAAUGCCAAGCAAUGCCUGUUUCUGUAAUAUCCAUGGGACUGGGGUCCCCAGACUAAGACGGAUACUGAGGGGCCUGGCCUGGCUGUACCCAGACAUAGGUUACUGUCAGGGUACAGGAGUGAUAGCUAGCUCCCUUUUGCUGUUUAUGGAGGAGGAGGACACGUUCUGGAUGAUGUGUGCCAUUAUCGAGGACCUGCUGCCGGCUUCUUACUACUCCAGUACUUUGAUUGGGAUACAGGCAGACCAGAGAGUGAUGAGACACUUGAUCAUUAGCUACUUAACAGAAAUAGACCUUGUUCUUAAGGAACAUGACAUUGAGCUGUCCCUAAUCAGCCUGCACUGGUUCCUCACACUCUUUGCCAGUGUCGUUCACAUGAAGGUACUCCUCAGGAUCUGGGAUUUAUUUUUCUAUGAGGGCUCCACUGUUCUCUUCCAGAUCACGAUGGGCAUGCUCAAAAUGAAGGAGGAUGAGUUGCGUACUCUGGAUAACUCGGCACAAAUUUUUAACUCCCUUUCUGAUGUACCUGGGGAUGUUCAAGAUGUGGAGGAUCUCAUAGAGAUUUCCUAUCGAGUGGCUGGGUCACUCACAGACAUGGUUAUAGAAUCUCAAAGAAGGAAACAUUUGGCUUAUCUAAUGGCUGAUCAAGGAGCAAUAGUCAAUCCCGAUUCAGCAAAGAACCUGCCAAAACAACAAUUAAACAAAAGACAUUUGAAGAGGUCUCGUUCCCUGGUCUCAACAUUACUGUGGGGUGAAGUCGAAGAAGAUGAUUUUGGGAAAGCUAAAAACAUUCGCCAAACUGAAAUUCUGGUUGACUUGCGGGAAGCAAUACUGAAAAUAGCUCGUCACUUCCAGUCAUUGGAUCCAAAGAACAACAAAGUGAUAUUGACAGCAGAUUAUGCAAUGGAAAGUCAUGCCAAAGAUCUGGAGAAUUAUGUGAACGUAGCAAGGAACAAACGACGUCGGGCCAAGGCUCUCCUGGACUUUGAACGUCAUGACGACGAUGAACUGGGCUUCAGGAAGAAUGACAUUAUCACUAUCAUAUCUCAGAAAGAUGAGCACUGUUGGGUUGGGGAGUUGAAUGGUUUGAGGGGCUGGUUUCCUGCGAAGUUUGUGGAGUUACUGGAUGAGAGGAGUAAGCACUACAGCUCAGCUGGGGACGACAGUGUCACAGAGACCAUCACAGACCUCGUCAGGGGGACACUCUGUCCAGCAUUAAAAGCAGUGUUUGAGCACGGAUUGAAGCGGUCAUCAAUUUUAGGGUCUGCCUGUCAUCCUUGGUUGUUUUUUGAGGAGGCGGCCACCAAAGAAGUAGAGAAGGACUUCCAGUCGGUGUAUUCCAGGCUGGUGUUAUGCAAGACAUACAGACUUGAUGAAGAUGGCAAAGUACUUACACCAGAGGAGAUACUAUACAGGGCGGUCCACGCUGUCAAUGUAUCACAUGAUGCCUGCCACGCCCAGAUGGAUGUCAAGUUUCGAUCACUUAUUUGUUGUGGCCUUAAUGAGCAGGUUCUACACUUAUGGCUGGAGACACUAUGUUCCUGUAUGGACAUUGUAGAGAAAUGGUAUCACCCCUGGUCGUUCAUGCGCAGUCCCGGAUGGGUACAGAUCAAAUGUGAACUGAGGCUUUUGGCUCAGUUUGCCUUUAAUCUGUCCAUGGAUUGGGAAUUACAAGUCAGCAAAAAGAAAUCUCCGACUUUCUCAAUCACAAAAUCUGUCCAAGACAUUCUCAUCAAGCACCACCUCUUCAGUUGGGAAAUAUGAUUCAAAAUGAAAUUAUUUUACACAUGAUUGAAUGUGCAAUAGAAUUUCCACACCAGUCAAGUACACAUGUACAUUUACAUUGUACAAAUAUUUUUUUAGAAUUUGUAUUGAUGCUCACCAAGAAACCUUUGAAGAUCAUGAGAUGAAAAUUGUCUUGUAUUUUUUGUUUCCCAUGUUAAGGAAUUGGGAGUUUUGCCUGACUUAAUAUAUAGGCACUUCUAUGAAAAUCAGUCACACAAUUUAUCUGUAUUUUACAAAUUGCAGCAAAUCCCAAACAUUCCAGCAAUAUUGAGUAUGCUUAUGAUUGAACAUGAGCAGCUGAAAAUAUCAUACCAUAGUUACGCAAUCAGUCAAAAUACAUCUCAUACAUGUGCUUUGGGGGUUUCCUAUAGGAAUUUUCUGUUGAGCUUUGUCAUGCAGUAGAUGUUUUUGUUCUAGUUACCUGCAUGUUCUGUGGUGGUGGAUUUCAUAUCAAUAUUAAAAUGGAAGUCUUUCUAUUGAAACAUUUUGUUAAAAGCUGUAGUAGCACUUAUUCUGAUGAGAAAUAAUUUUUGAAAAAUGAAGAGCUAAUUUUAGAUUUGUAAAGCAAUUCCUGAUGCUUUGUUAAUUUCAACAGAGUCUUGUCUCAGUUGGCUUUCAACUUGUCUCCGGAAUGGGAAAUACCUAAACGAGGAACUCCACAAAAAGCACAGGUCAAAAAUGGCGUACGAGAUAUGCUUAUUAAGCAUCACCUGUUUAGUUGGGAGAUAUGAGUAAAACACAUGUCAGAUGUAGAUAAUGGUGAAGGCCCACUCUGAUAUGAUAUGAUAUCAAGACAACACUUCAUAUAUGUAUGUCAUUAGAGUGUUAAGUUAGAUGUAUAGAUUCUCUUAACAGCAAAAUACAAAACAGGGGUACAACUUCCUUGUUGGAUAGCUCAGAAAGUUUACAACCUGGGAAAUGUUUGCAAUGUUGUCAGUGGUACAUACAGGGCAUAUAUUGCCCUUGCCAUAGGCAUCGUCUCGAGUUUUAUCAUUGGAUUCCCAUUGUCCGUUAAAGGUUUUACUGGUAACCCCAUAACUUAAAUUGCAUCAGUAUUUGUAAUUCGUACCAGUAUCAACUGUAUUAGGGGUGUUUGUCAUCGGCAGUCACUGGCUACCUGUAGUAACAACCGUGCAUUUUCAGAAAGGAAAUCCAAUUAAUGUGAUGGCAGUUCCUCUUAACAUGAAAAAUGUUGUCAUACUACAACUAGAAAAUGAUUUUUCAUUAUCCUUAAAUUACAGGUAGAUAAUUAAAUAUUUUAAAUUUUCCAAUCCUUUUUGAAUUAAAAAAAACAAUUCUCUCCUAAAAGUGUUAUCUAUGGAUGUCUAAAUUUUAACGCAGAUAAAGUUCCAGACGGUUGAAUAGGUCACACAUGUGGAAGACUACGGUCAGUCACCUUUAUACUGAGAAUAAUUACUGAGUAGUAAAAGCCCAUAUUGAUGAUUGUACAAGGCUGCAAUUGGCAUGUAAGAUAGGGGACCCAUAGAAACACCAGGUCAAUGACAUUAGUGCUAAAGAUAUACCAGUGGUUCGUUAAAUCACUGAUUGGUACCAUCAGCAGCUGCCUAAUUCAAAUUAGAUGAUAGAUCUACCCACACACUCCUUACACUGACCUUGUGUAGUGAAAUGAGGGAACGGAUCAAAAGAUCUAACUUUAAUCGGCAAAAUAGUUGAACAAGUAUCACUGUUGGUUUAAGUCAAGGUCACAAAGUUACUAUUCGCUAGUAGUAAACAAGCCAAGCUCUUUCCAAUAACAUACAUGUACAUGUAUAAAUUUUCCUGCAGCAAGAUUUGAUGAUAUAGUGUGUGUGUUGAUCUAUAAAUGAAUUCUCCUCUCCUAAUGACAAAGGUCAUGUGUCAGGUUAGUGUAAGAAUUAAUUAAAGUAUGAAAAUAUGGGGGUGGGGGUGGGGUGGGGGGACACAUAGAUAUCAAAAUUUUUAUUGGGGAAUAUUGUGGUGUGCUAAAGUAAUAAAUUAUUUAUUCAAAACAUGACUGCAUGCAUGCUAAGCAGCUGUGUUUACCUUUGGUGUGCAAUGGUGUGAUCAGUGCAUUUGUAUAAUCACACGUGGAUAUAGGUAUCAGAUUAUCUAAAAGUGACUCCACAGAUAUUUUGAUAAAAUUCAGAAUAGAUCUUGACAGUUUCUUUAUGGUUAAUUCCCGUCUCAUUUUGAUGCUUAUAAAAUACUUCAGUGCUACUGUGUAAAUUAGGAUGUAUAUACUAUUUGUUGAUGUUGAAGACAGCCUAAUUUUUUCAGUGUAUGAAAAUAAAUAAAAUGAUGACCGAGGCUAGGAUUUCAUAAAAAAUAUAAAAGUAUCGAAUUCUGAUCUUGUAGGUGUCAUAUUAAAGAUCUUUUUAAGGACUAUUAUUCAGGAUUCACCCCCAUCAAAAGGUCUCUCUGAAUCUAAUGUUUCCCAUCACCAGGGUCAUCUUCGGUGAAAUUUUAGCCAAAUUCACCCAUCAUUAUUAUCUAGUACUCGGGCCACAAAAUACCUGAAUAAAAAAAGGUAGCCCCAGGUAAUAACUAAACUUGCAUAUACAUGUAUAGACAUUAAAGAGUGGCAUGCAAAUUUGAAUGAAGGCAAGCUCAGGUGUACAAGACCAAUGUCACACCUGUGUGAUUUUCAGACUUCAAAUCAAACUGAAAGUGAAACUUGAUAGAUGAAAUUUUUGUAACCUCACUGAGCUAUCAAAUUCUCAUUGGAUACCCAGACUGCUAUGUGUAAUAUCAGGAUCAUUCCUUCACUAGUUCUCAGUCUCUCAAUAUGUGUACUAACAUUUCAUGCUGCCUGUAGAUGGAACAUUUUAUAAUACAACAAAUCUUUUUUUGUUUAUUGAUGUUAGGCACUUUGGGUUAUUUCAUAUUAAAGUAAUUUGAUAAUAUCCAGUUUUUGUUACCUUUACUGCAAAGAAUUGAAAUCCAUCUGUAUAAAUGUUCAAUAUAGUAUUGUGAUACUCUUUUGUUUUUGUUAGUUUUCUCAGGAUGUUGUAAUGAAAUCCAUUCUUUUUAUGUUGUAACACCUAUUUGUUGUGUUCUGAAUUGAACUUAUUAUUUGAAAUUUUAUUUAUAUGAAUAAAAAAGGCUCCCUAUGUUUUAUACUCUAUUAUACACACUGUUGACAACUGUUAAUAAAUACAUUGCAAUAAUA